AUGGAUUAUGAAGCAGUGAAGAAGUACAAAGAGGAAAUGAAUAAGUACCAAAGGAAGCAAGAGAAGAAACGGAGAAGCCGAUUGAUGCUUGGAGGUGGGAACUGCCUGAAUGAAUCAGUACCGGAGACGACGCGGCAUCUAGCCGUGGAUACGAUCCUGGGUCGGAGCUCUUCCGAGAAGCAUGUCACGCGGCAAUAUGGGAGGUGCAAGACUAGGACGAAGAUCAGUAGGAGAAGGAAAAUGAGGAUUGUGGCUUGGAGAAAGCAUCUCUCGGCCGUCGCUGUCUCCGGCGCAGGGCUGUUUAUGCUCGUUCAUAACCAUCUCUCAAUGGCAACAAAGAAGAGAGUGGCUCUGGUUGCAGGUGUGACCGGACUCGUAGGCAGAGAGCUAGCAAAGUCUCUUCUCUCCCUAAAAUCACAAUGGGGCAUAAUCUAUGGUGCUGCACGUCAAUGGAAAACUGAAACUCUUGACCAUUUCUCAGAUCCUGCCUAUUACUUUGUGGAUUGUGAUUUCUUGGACGAGGAGUACACACUGAGGAAGCUGUCACCACUCGCUGAUCAAAUCACCCACCUUUUCUGGGUAACCUGGGCCAGCCAAUGUACAUUAGAAACCGUAGACUGCUGCAAUCUCAACCGUUCCAUGCUGUCCAACGUACUAGAUGCCCUGUUACUCUCCACCAACAACAGCUCACUCUCCCACGUUUCCCUCCAAACCGGCACCGCCCACUACGUGUCCCUACAAGUGCCCAAGUUUGGCUCUGAACGUGACCAGUACUAUGAUGAGAACAGCCCAAGGGUGGUGGUGGAUGGUGGUGGGGAAGCACUCAACUUUUAUUACACUCUGGAGGACUUGCUCAGGGAAAGGCUUGCGAGGAGGAGGAUUGGCUGGUCAGUGCAUCGCCCUGGGUUGCUGCUGGGAGUCUCUACCAGGUCUCAUUUCAAUUUCAUUGGGACAUUAUGUGUGUAUGGCAGCAUCUGCCGCCACUUGGGUCUCCCUUUCACCUUUUAUGGGGAUCGUAAGUGUUGGGAACAGCCCUUCAUGGAUGUUUCUGACUCCAGGCUCGUCGCUGACCAACUCAUCUGGUGGGCUUGCUUAACUCACUGUGGUCACUCUGAUAACCAGGGUCAGGCCUUCAACGCAGUCAAUGGAGCUACAUACACUUGGAGCCAGAUCUGGCCAGCUUUGUCUUACACCUUCUGUGGUGGUGAUGACGGUGGCUUCUCUGAAGAGAAAACCUACAUGGAGCUCAUGGGUGAUAAGGGGGAUGUGUGGGGGGAGAUGGUGCACAAGUACCAGCUUUGUCCAACCAGUAUGGAAGAAAUGGCUAACUGGAUGCUACUGGAUAGUGCAUUCCGGUUCCCAGUUAACUUGCUGGUAACCAGGGAGAAGGCAUACAGUUUAGGUUUCACAACUGUGCAUGAUGUUGACACUGCGGCUUCAAUCCUCUAUUGGGUAGAUCGCAUGAGGGAGGAGCGUCUCAUACCUUACCUUGACUAG